AAGUAGGUUACAGUUGAAAUUUAAGUUUUUGCUUUUAUUUUGGACAUAUUACGGCUUAUCUUAACUGAAGAUAUAAAGUCAACACGUGUCUUUGUUUUGUAUAUUGAAUUUUGAAGAUCCUUAUUUAUAAUACUUAAUCGAAAUUAAAAAGUCAAAUUAAAAGUAAGAUAUGUUCCUUUCUAAGAUGUCAAGAAGAGCUCUUCUUUUUCAUGGCACUGCAAAAAAAGCAUUUAUGAAUGCAUCAUUAGUAACGACAACGAAAGAAGCAAAAUCCGGUAUAUACAGGUUUACUCAAAUGCCUGAACGGUUGAAAGGGACGUUCGUUGACAGGUGGGCAACAUAUUGGAAAGAUCUUUUCCGUGACUAUUACGAAGUUUUCAAAGACGUUGGAACUGAUUUAAAAAACAAACCUGUUAAAAGUGGAGUGAUUUUUACUUUAAGUGGCCUUUCGUAUUUCUGUUGGAAGAACAACCCGGAUAUGAACGAUUUCCGAUCGGCGGUUAUGAAACAUUCCAACGAGUUUAUUUUCAUCGGUCCGAAGAUACGAAACCCAAAAACGACGGAGCACUUGAACCUUCUUGAACAGUGCACUAACGAAGGGACGCUGCGGAGGUUUUCUUUCGGACUCUUCUCGUUCAUCUGGAGGGACAAUUACUCGGACACUGUUGGAAUAUACAGUAAAUGGUGCCCUUAUCUGACACCCGAGUGGCUCUCUUUUCACACGAGGGUGUUGGAUGUGGGGUUUCUGAAUAAAUGGUGGAUUCUCGAAGAGAAGAUGGUCGAUUGUGACAUCAAUCCAGGAGAAUGGGGAGACACCAUUGCUCUCAAAUAAAAUUGUAAUAAAAAUAUAAUUUUUUUUGCAGUUGAUAGAGAUAGCCUCUAUAUUAAAGUUUCUCAUGAGCAGAAAGAGGUCUAUUUCAAUAGUUACCGUUAAAUUUAUCAUGGUAAAAAAUAUUUCUGAUUUGACUCUCUUAUUGUGCCUAAACAGUGAAUUAGUCUAUACAAAACACUUUAGAAAUUGUUCAUUUAAUAAAAAGGGAGCUGCUUGCGAUAGCUGAAUAUUGCAGUUUGUAAUUUAUGUACAAAGUAGACUUAGUGUGUAAAAACUGUAGUUUUUUUAAACAUUAAAUUGCCUCCCACAUGUGACGGAUGAAUGGUUGGGAUAAAUAUACGCUUGUUAUUUGUUU